CAUAAUAUAUACAUAAAAUAUAAUGAUUCAAUAGUAUUUAUCCUAAUAUCCUAACGUACUUUCGCCAAGAAAAUAAAUUAAUGCCUAUUCGCAGUAAGACACAAAGAACUUGUUCAUUCAAGCUACCGUUAGAUAUUCUAUGGUUACCUAAAACAGCAAUGAACCCCAAAUCGGGGUAUCACGACCUAAACCACCAAGACUUUAUUUUAGUAAUAGGUUUCUCGCGUCCUAAAUUGACAGCUGUGUUUAUUUCUGUGAUGCUUGUUUCUUUAUUUUUAACAUUUCAUAUACUAUAUGACAGUGCUAUUAUAAGUCUUCAAACAUCUACAAUACCUGAAAAAAUAUUUUCGAGAAAUAAUGUCAAUGGUCAUUCAUUUUUGAAACAACACAACAUACAAAAUUUUCGGAAAAACGAUUCGGACUCUGAGUCGUAUUUUUCAAUUUUAGCUCACGUAUCUCCACCAUUGAUAGCAUCAAAUAGCUUAAACAACGAAUAUAAUAGCAACAAUAGGAUACACUUUUCUAAAACCAAUAGGAGAUUACCACAGUGCUUAAUUAUUGGCGUUCGAAAAUGUGGAACGAGAGCACUUUUAGAAAUGCUUUACUUGCAUCCGAGUAUUCAAAAAGCUGCUGGUGAAGUACAUUUUUUCGAUCGUGAUGAUAAUUACUUAAAAGGAUUAGACUGGUAUAGAAAAAAGAUGCCACAUUCAGUUCGAGGUCAAAUAACAAUAGAAAAAAGUCCGAGUUAUUUUGUAACACCGGAAGUACCAGAAAGAGUGCGUGCCAUGAAUUCUAGUGUUAAGCUAUUAAUAAUUGUCCGUGAGCCAGUGACUCGUGCGAUUUCUGAUUUCACUCAACUGAAAGCUCAUGCCACUGCUGCAUUACCACAAAAUGCAUUACCACCUGUCAUAAAAACUUUCGAAGACUUAGCAAUUCUUCCUAAUGGUAGCGUUAACGGAUUAUAUCGUCCACUAACAUUAUCAAUGUAUCACUUGCAUGUACAUAGAUGGCUAGAAGUUUUUCCACGUGAGCAAAUAUUGAUAGUAAAUGGUGAUCACCUAAUUGAAGAUCCAAUAUCACAAAUUCGGAGAAUCGAGUCUUUUUUGGAGAUCGAGCCACAUAUCAAAUCUAGUAAUUUUUAUUUUAACGAGACGAAAGGUUUUUACUGUUUGAGAAAUGAAACAGGUGACAAAUGUUUAAGGGAGACCAAAGGAAGAAAGCAUCCCCAUAUUGAUCCAAAUGUAAUUUCGAAACUAAGAAAAUAUUUUGCAGAACAUAAUCAAAAAUUCUAUGAAUUGAUAGGGGAAGAUUUAGGUUGGCCUGAAGAAUAAAAAAAAUAUUUCAAUAAUGUAUUCCAAAAAUCAUUUUGUCUGUAACAAAUUAUAGAAAUAAAUGUACAACAUCGAUCGAAAUGGAAAAUUAUACAAAAUAUGAAACUAAAACAUAUCAAAUUUUAGAUAGAAUUUAAAAAAAAUAUUGGUCGUUUUAAAAUUUUAACUUUUUGUACCAGAAGCUUAAAAUUAAAUACUUGUUGAUUAAAUAAUAAGACCAUUAAAUUCAAUUAUUUCACUUCAUGUCGCAUUAGAAUUUUUAAGACAUGUUUAACAUUUUCGUACAUCAAACAAUGUUUGUUUGCGUUAGAAAAUUUAAGUUUAAAAAUACAAUAUAUAUUGUUUUAGAUCACAAUAAAUCUUUGGACCGCGGUGAUGCUAGAGUUGUUGUAUGUCAAUUGUAGCCUAAUUAGAAUGCAUCCGGAAUUCGUUCGGAAUUCACUGCGAUUUCUACUGGAAGAAUAGUAAUACAUUUGAACUUACGCGAAA